UACUAGUGACUUAUAGAAAUUAAUAUAGACACCUCAAUGACCGAGAUAUCACCUUCUUCUACUAAGGUAGAUGAUUUUCUAUCCAGUUUGUCACAAAUUUCUCAAGAGAGACUUCGAGAAGAUCAACAGAGACAGAAUGUGUUGCGAAGGAAUAUAAACGAAUUGAAACUGAAUCUGGCAGUCUCAUCCCCUUCAAAACCAGGGGAUAUACCUUCUUAUUCAUUUACACCAGCCACUUACAAGAUUAUAAACUCCUCGCCUACCAAAAAGGAACCGUUCCGUUCGAGUAGGUACACUUUUGAUGAAGAUGAAGUUGAAGAAGAUGCACCAAAACUUCCUGCCAGACCAUCAGCUGAUGAUGAUGUUGCACCUCCAUUACCAGCUAGAAGAGAACAAAAUUCAUUUGAAGUAAAUCUUCUUCAACCAAAGGCAAGAGUGGAGCCUCCUAAAAUCUCCAAACUUUCAAAACCUAAUUUACCAACUAAAUCAUCAUCUCCAUUAUCUAACAAAAGCGAUGGAUAUCGAUCAUUUUCUCAAAUUGAAGCCUCAAUCAAGAAUUCCCAACCCAAACCAUCAAUUGAACCCACAUACAAAAAGACUGCACCUCUUGUUCCAACAAAAUUGCCUAAAACACCUACCAAACUCAACCCAAAUGGUUCUGAAACAGAUUGGAUGUCUUCACUUGCAAAAUCCAAAGUUGUUUCACCUUCGACCAUCAACAAUGCUCCCAAACCAAGUUAUCAAACGGCAUUGUGGGCCACCCAAAAUGCGAAAAUAACUAACAAACUUAGUGAAGCUGCAAAACCAGAGUUGAAGAAACCUCCAACCAAACCUAGUUAUCUUGAAAGUAGAAAACAAAGAGAAGCCAAGGAAGAUGUCCCACCACCUAAACCCACAAGACCAACAGUGAUUCCUAAAUUGGCUGUUAAUGAAAAAGUCAUUCCAGUAAAACCUGCAAAACCUGUAUCAAAGAUAUAUGAGGAAAAGGAUUCUGAAUUGUUAAAAUCAACUAUUUCAAAAUUAUCUUCAACAAAAGUACCUCCAUUAAAACCAAGUAAACCUUCAGUUGAUCUAUACACUAAACUGGAAAAGGAUAUAUUAAGUACAGUUAAGUCCAGUUUGUCAUCUAAGUCAGCUCCUUUAAAAGCAAGCAAACCCAAUCUCUCGAGUUAUUCAAAGCAAGACUCAGAAGAAUUAAAAUCUCAAUUACAAAGGUUGAAACCCACCAAACCACCAAUAGUAUCAGCUAAACCAUCUGCUACGAAUGAUAUUAUUCCGGCAUUAAAACCAAGACCAGUUCCAACAUAUAAGUCUAAAACUGUGAACCUUCCUGUUUAUGAACAAGAUGAACAAAAACAAAAACUGACUUCUUCAUUAACAGUUGUACCAACCAAAGAAGGUACAUUUGAAGAUAAGUUAUCGUCUAUAUUAAGAGCUAGUACUUUACCAGAAACCAAAAUUGGAUUUGGAAGAGAUCCACCAAUUCGUCCUAUAGGCAGAUCACUGACUGAACCAACCAAACAAGAGAAAAGAGAAGACACUACUAAUUCAAAGGGUAUAACACAUGUCAGUAAAAGUCGGGCUAAGGGACCCAAAAGAAGAUUACCAAAAUCAAUGCAAACCAAAAACACUACAAAUGAAACUAAAUCAGUGUCAGUGCCAGUAUCAAAGCCAGAGGCAGAGCCAGAGCCAGAUUCAGAAUCUGAAGUAGCUUCUCAGCUUUCCAUCCCCAAAAGCUCCAAAAAAGUUCCACCACCAAUUAAUAAAUUGGCCAAACCAAAAACAGUAGGCGAAUUAAAACCCAGUAGAAACUUCAGCGGUGAAGUAUUUAUAUAGUAAUGAACUGAACUAAUUCACAAUGUUUUAUAUUAACUCUUUACACAGAUAUAAAUCUUAAUCAUAAUAUAUGUAAUCGCAUGGAUAGUUAGCGUG